AUCAAUUGCGCCCUCUUGAGUGUGAAUUUCCUUCCCUUGCUCGAGUGUCAGUUAAACAUGGCUGCCAGUCUUUCUGCCGGCGUUUUCUCUCGGUUUUCAACCAAGAAAUACCUCCUUUUGCCAGGCCAUGCAAGACGAUGCAUCUCAGUGUCUUCAUCACUGGCAGCUCGAACACACGUCAGCUACGAGCUCAAGGACGAUGUGGCAGUUAUCCGACUCAACGAUCCAGCAUCCAAAGUGAACACACUGUCUGUGCAAAUGCAGUCUGAGUUGAAAGAAGUAAUGGGUGAGAUCUGGUCCAACGGAGCUGUAAAAAGUGCCGUCCUCAUCUCCAGCAAGCCUGGCUGCUUCAUUGCUGGAGCAGAUAUCAAUAUGAUCCAGGCCUGUAAGAACAGUGAGGAGGUUAGCCGUCUCUCCCAGGAAGGUCAGAAGAUGUUUGAGAAGAUUGAAAAGUCUCCCAUCCCUGUUGUGGCUGCCAUCAAUGGCUCCUGUUUGGGUGGAGGCCUUGAGUUUGCCAUAGCCUGCCAGUAUCGCAUCGCUACCAAAAGUCACAAAACAAUACUGGGGACACCAGAGGUCAUGCUUGGUCUGCUGCCUGGAGCGGGUGGCACCCAGAGACUACCCAAAAUGGUGGGUCUCCCUGGAGCGUUCGACAUGAUGCUGACAGGCAGAAACAUCCGGGCUGAUAAAGCUAAGAAGAUGGGGCUUGUGCACCAGCUUGUGGACCCUCUGGGUCCCGGUGUGAAGCCUGCAGAGGAAAGAACAAUCGAAUACCUGGAGGAAGUAGCAGUGGGCGUGGCUAAGGGAAUAGCCAACAAGAAAGUUCCCCUUUCAAAAGAGAAAAGUCUCAUGCAAAAGCUCCAGGACACAGUGAUGGGUCUUGGUCCAGUGAAGAAAAAGAUCUACAAGACUGUCAGUGAGAAGGUCCAGAAACAAACUAAAGGACUUUACCCUGCUCCUGUCAAAAUCAUUGAGUCAGUCAAGACUGGAGUGGAGGAGGGAAGAGAAGCAGGUUAUCUGGCUGAAGCUGAGAACUUUGGGAAACUGGCAAUGACAUCAGAGUCCAAAGCCCUGAUUGGCCUUUAUCAGGGUCAGGUCACUUGUAAGAAGAACCGAUUUGGGAUGCCACAGAAGGAAGUCAAGAGUCUUGCGAUUUUGGGUGCUGGUCUAAUGGGUGCAGGCAUCGCUCAGGUAUCCAUAGACAAAGGACUUCACACCAUAUUGAAAGACACUGCAGUUGAGGGCAUCAGCAGAGGAGAAGAGCAGGUUUACAAAGGUUUGAACACUAAGGUGAAGAAGAGAGCACUGUCAUCGUUUGAGCGGGACACCACAAUGUCCAACCUCUCGGCACAGUUGGACUACACAGGCUUCUCGACCGCCGACAUGGUGAUAGAGGCUGUGUUUGAGGAUAUCGACAUUAAACACAAAGUCCUCAAGGAGGUGGAGGCUGUGAUCCCUCCUCACUGCGUGGUCGCCUCCAACACUUCCGCACUGCCCAUUAAGGACAUUGCUGCUGCAAGUAAACGGCCUGAAAAGGUGAUCGGCAUGCACUACUUCUCGCCGGUGGACAAGAUGCAGCUGCUGGAGAUCAUCACCACCGACAAGACAUCAAAGGACACGCUGUCUUCGGCGGUCAGCGUGGGCCUCAAACAGGGCAAGAUCGUCAUUGUUGUCGGGGACGGCCCUGGGUUUUACACCACUCGUUGCUUGGCUCCCAUGCUAGCAGAAGCUGUCCGGGUGCUUCAGGAAGGCGUUGGUCCAAAGAAGCUCGACAGCUUGACAACCAGCUUUGGCUUUCCUGUCGGCGCGGCAACGCUUGCUGAUGAAGUUGGCAUCGAUGUGGCAGCUCAUGUGGCUGAGGAUCUGGGGAAAGCUUUUGGUUCUCGUUUUGGAGGCGGGAAUGUGGAAGUUCUUAAGACCAUGGUGGAGAAAGGCUUCAAAGGCCGUAAAUCAGGAAAAGGCUGUUUCAUCUACGGCAAAGGCAAAAAAGACAAGAGUGUCAACCCCGAUGCUGAGAACAUCCUCAAGAAGUACCAUCUCUCUGCCCUUCCCGCAGUCUCAUCAGACUCUGACAUCCAGCACAGACUUGUGUCUCGCUUUGUGAACGAGGCCGUGCUGUGUCUCCAGGAGGGAAUCCUGACCAAUCCAGUAGAGGGAGACAUCGGAGCUGUGUUUGGACUCGGAUUUCCUCCCUGCCUGGGAGGUCCAUUCAGGUUUGUGGACUCCUUCGGUGCUGAGCGUCUCGUCAGUACCAUGCGGCGCUUUGAGGAAGUGUAUGGAAACCAGUUCACGCCAUGCCAGCUCUUACUGGACCACGCUAAAGAUCCCAGCAAGAGGUUCCACAAGUGAUGGAUUUCUCAAAUGUUGCCUUAAGGUAAAACAAAUAUUAGAAAUAUCUCUCUG